CAUGAAAUUGAUAAAUUGUUUGGUUAUGUUUUGCUUUUACUCAUGUUGCUGCCGAGUGCUAAAUUGCUAAAUUUCAGUGAUUCUCUCUCCUCUUCUAUCUGAAAUUUAUUUCACGUUGGAUCAUUGCAGUUCAUGCAGGUGUUCGUCAUCGGCGAAGAUUCAUUCCGUUUUGGAAAAGUAGACGAUUUAUGUGGCAUCACCGUUGGAAAUCACCCCAUUUUGGAUGAUUCUGAAACAAGUUUUUAAGAUGAAGGAGAAACACAAAAGUGAAUAUUCCUGAAUAGUUAGUUACUCAAUACAACUCUUGUAUGAACAGUCAGAAGCGAAGAAAUUCAUCUAGUCCAAUUUGUGUUCAUCCCGAAGAGAGAAAAUUCAAAGAAUGAUUCUCAGACAAUGUAUUCAUUCUUUUCUGAGAGUGCAAGGUAGUGGAAGAUUUUUUCGUCAUGCAUCGUGUAAUUUUAGCCGUGUCAGCCAAGCACAGCGAUAUCAACAGAACAUUUCAAACAUACCAGCUCUGCAUUUUAAACAGCAUCAAGUACUAAAUUGUGUUAAGUAUGUACAGAUCACGUGCUGUGUGGAUUAUAGUUGCAAUGGCAGAGGUAAGAUUUCCAGACAGAAAGAUUUUUUGAAGGGUGCCCUCCAUAAAAGACAGGAAAGUCUCCGGAAAGCAGAAGAGCAACUCAAAACCAAAGGCAAAGUUUUGCUUAAAAAUAUCAAAGAAGAAAGAAGUAAGAUGAAAGCAAAAGUAGAAGAGCUAAAAGAAGCUGAAGAGCAAUUGAAGACCAAAGGCAAGGUUUUGCUUAAAAAUAUCAAGGCAGAAAAAACGAGGAUGAAAGCUAAAGUAGAGGAAUUGAUAGAACGAGAAAAUAUAUGGACCAUUCCAAAUUUGUUAUGCAUUUUUCGAAUAAGCUUAUCACCCUGGUUAGGUUACUUGAUUCUGGAGGAAAGCUACAAUUUGGCUGUCGGUGUUCUUGUUUGCGCUGGGAUCUCUGAUUUGCUUGAUGGGUGGAUUGCAAGAAAUUUUAAAAAUCAGUCAUCGAAACUUGGAAGUUUUUUAGAUCCAAUAGCUGACAAAAUCCUUGUUGCAACUAUGUUUCUUACGCUCACUUUUGUUGAUAUUAUGCCGAUUUCUUUGACAAGCUUAAUUAUAGUCAGAGAUGUUGGCCUAGUGGGUGCAGCAUCAUACAUCAGGUACAAAUCAUUACCACCUCCUCGCACGGUCAGUAAAUAUUUUGACCUCACCCUAGCAACGGUUCAAUUAGCUCCUACUUUUAUCAGUAAAGUGAACACCUCAGUUCAACUUGCCACAGUUGCUAUAACGCUUGGUGCACCAAUAUUCGACUACACAGACCACAUUGCUCUCCAAAGUCUGUGGUGCUUGACUGCAUUUACUACCGUUGCAUCCGCUGUCAGUUAUGUUUAUGCGCGAAAUACGUAUAAAUUUACAAAUGGCCGCAAAAUUAGAAAAACCAUGAGCCAAGGUCAGAACCCAUAAAAUACAUAUAGUAAUAUUUUAUCCUGUUAAAAGUUUUUGUUCGACCAUCCUUUUCUCUGUGAUAUUGUGUUUCGUUAUCAGCAAUUUAAGCAAAAAUGUCAGCCCGGUUCUGAUUUUUGCAUAAUUUACGUAAGACGAUUUAUUUUGAAAUGAUUUUUACCGUGAUUACCGUUGAAGUAAGGAUGAUGAAGUUAUUUUUACUGUCACAUUGAUUGAAUCCUGAUUCUCCUAGAUUUGUUGGGUACUCUCUUGAACUCAAUUAUUUGUUGGUACUUGGGACGAAAGCUGUUGGAGACUGACAAAAAUGGACAGCUGUAAUGUUGUAAGGGGUUAUUCUUAAAGUAUGUAACUCUCUAGAGGGGGAGGGGGGUCGAAGAGAAUGUUGCACCACUUUGUUUUUAUGCGCCAAAGAAAAGAGACCUAUGUCACAAAAGUGUUAUGAGGGAAAGCCGAAAAAUCUGGCACAUAUUUUAUGAACUGUGAAACCCUAACUAUGAUUUGGAGUUCACAAAGUAUUGACAAGCCCUAAUAAUUGAUUGAUCUUCCGUAUGUAACAACAAAAGUGAUUUUGGUCUCAGAGAAAUUCUAAAAAAAAAAAAAUCAAGAGAACCAAUCUCUUGUUUUAUUUCCAAAGGUGUAUUUCAUUCUCAAGCUUAAAACGUAUUCUUAUUUUAUUCAUUCAAUUUCAUAUUUUUCUAAGUGCCUACCUAAAAAAUAUUUUUCUAAUCACACACUCCAGUUUCAUGUCAUCAAUCCUCUUUUUUUCUCAUUUCCAGGAGUUUCUUGUAGAAUUUACUCAGCUUUUUUUUGUUCUCUUUUUUUUCGCAAAAAGUUCUUUGAUAAACUCUAGGGGCUUCACAGUUAUUUUGUGAUCAUCAGUCCAUGUCUUUGUAUAACAGUUGAGCAUGAUAAACUUGUUCUCUCUUAGUUAUUUAAAUACUUUCUGUUGUUAAAUAAAUUUUGUUCCCUAAAAA